AGUUGUCUCACGCCACAAGUGUUCGUGGCGUGCUCCCGCGAACAAGUACCGCUCUCAUAUUCCAUUCCCAUCGAAAACACGCCAACCACCAUCGAUCGUCAUCGAUCCUCACCUCAAUUAAAAGGAACCAAUAAAAAUAGUCUGAAGUUUGAGGAGAGGAUCAGGAAGAGUGUAAAAACCGGAGUGGAAGUCAAGAUUGAUGGACUAAUAAUUCGCUCGGUGUUUAUAAAUAAAUUGACAUCAAUCGGGUGGCAUCAGUGGACAAAUAGGAUAAUUAAUAUUUUUCGUAACAAUGGCGAUUAGUUGAGGAGUGAAUACAUGAGGUAAAUGUGUGAAGCAGUGGUCGUUAUCGAUGUAUCUGUGACAUUAUGAUAGGACCGGUGCUGGGAGACAGGAAGGGAUCGUCGUAGGGGGAUAUAUUAGUGACAGUACAUAUGUAUUCGAGCACAUAAAGCUUUAAUCGUAAAGCACCCAAGGUGGCACAGAUUGAGAGAGACCCCAUCAGCAACACAUCCUCUUUUGUCGGUUAUAUAUCAUCGAUUCUCAUUAGUUUAUCAUUUAUUGGAGAUCAAUGUGUGGACCAUGGGUGAUGUGUUUUUUCUGGAUCAGUGAAUUUGUGGAAAGAGUGAGAGUCAACCCAACGGCACAAAAAAUUUAUAAUUGUUGAGGUUUUUUUUUUUUAUUUCAAUUCAUCGAUUCGAGAGCAGUUUGUCGGUCCCCUCUUGCUGAAGGGAGCUCUUCAUAUUCUUCCACCACUUCCGACACACCGGAAGUUCAUACAUGUGAACGGUUACACCGGAAUUACGUACGAGACAUUUCGAUCUUCUGAAGAUACACCGGCUGUUUUAAUAUGGAAGUUGCAUCGGAAUUAUCACCACUUUCGGGGAGUGAUUCGUCAAAGCCAGUUGAGAGGAGUUCGUACUACCCCCAGGAGCCAAACAAGAGGCCAAGAACGAGAAGACAGAGGAUCACAUCAUGUCUGUCCCACAAUGCCCUCACAGGGCUGACCAUCGGUGGUGUAAUUGGGGGAAUUAUCCUUGGAAUUUGCCUGAAAGGAACGGGCAAAUGGAGUCCCCGGGAGAUAAUGUACGUCAACUACGCCGGUGAACUAUUCCUCAGGAUGCUGAAGAGUCUGAUUCUACCCCUUAUCGUCUCAAGUCUCAUCUCUGCCAUUGGAUCCCUCGAUCUAUCAUUGAGUGGCAAAAUUGGGGCACGUGCCAUUACCUAUUACAUGGUUACAACUGUCAGUGCAGUUAUUCUGGGAAUCAUUCUCGUCAUGUCUAUUCAACCUGGAACGCUAUCCAGAGGAGAGAACAUGAAGAGCAGUGAAAUGGCUAAGAGUGUCAACACCGUUGAUACUCUGAUGGAUUUAGUCAGAAAUAUGUUUCCUCCUAAUUUGGUGCAGGCCUGUAUCUCGCAGUAUAGAACUGUACUUACGAAGAGAAUUAAUGACACGGAGGAUAAUAACACGUGGGCGAUCGGUGGUGAGAACACAUCGGGAAUGAAUAUCCUGGGUCUCGUUGUAUUUGCAACAGUUCUUGGAAUAACUCUCGGGAAAAUGGGACCUGAUGGAAAACCUCUGCUCAAUUUUUUCGAGGCACUGUCCUCCGCCAUGAUGAUCAUCACCAACUGGGUUAUCUGGCUGUCUCCUCUGGGGGUCCUCUUCCUGGUGACCUCGAAGGUCCUGGAGAUGCAGACAUUCGAUGAAGUAUUGAGUCAAUUGGGGAUGUAUUUCAUUACUGUCAUUAUUGGCCUCUUCAUUCACGGCUUCUUUGUACUGCCAUUAAUAUUCUACAUCUUGACGAGAAAAAAUCCCUUCAGAUAUGUCUACAAUAUGGCACAGGCCAUAGCAACAGCGUUUGGCACAUCAUCGAGCUCAGCUACACUUCCAGUUGCCAUUGGAUGCCUCGAGGAGAGAAAUGGAAUCGAUCCCAGAGUCGCACGUUUUGUCAUGCCAAUUGGUGCAACCAUCAACAUGGAUGGUACAGCUCUUUAUGAGGCAGUUGCUGCAAUUUUCAUCGCUCAGGUUCGCAAAGUACCUCUGUCCUUUGGACAACUUGCUGCUGUCAGCAUCACUGCUACUGCUGCUAGUAUUGGAGCUGCUGGCAUUCCACAGGCUGGACUCGUUACUAUGGUCAUGGUACUGGAUACCGUUGGUCUUCCUGCUAAUGAUGUCACUCUCAUUAUCGCUAUUGAUUGGUUGUUGGAUCGCUUCAGAACAUCAGUGAAUGUAGUUGGCGACUCUCUGGGUGCUGGUAUCGUGAAUUUCCUGAGUAAAAAUGAGCUAGCAGCGAUGCCCCAUCACGUUCAAUCGCAAAACGGUGCCGAUCGUCAUACAACGUCGAUAUGAAUCGAUCGACCCGCAAAUCAACGACAAUAAUUGCCUCUAGGCAACUGGCGGGCGUUAACGAGAUAAAUAACAUGUGAGAAUAUUAAAGGAAAAUUAAAAAAAAAAAUGAAGAAAAAUCCAAAACAAUGUAUGUAAUGGAGGCAUUGAACUUCAUCCCCGUGACGCUCGAACGAAUCACCGCCUACGUGUUCUAGCAGCCUCUGUGUUUCAUUGUCAAAUCGUUUAUAUUAUUUUACCAAACUGGAAGAGAUCGUAAACUAAUUAUUAUUUACAAAAUAUACCUUUGGUUACUAUCCUGUUAUUUAUUUUAGCAAUGGGCCAAUAACGAUUAACUACUCAAUUUUGUGCCAAAUGUAUUAAUAAAUAAUGUUCAUAACACGAUGAAAGUAUAUCUUUAAACAAUUAGUUCUGAUUGCAUCAAGGACAUUGAUAUCGUUCGUUGUACAUAAUAACAUUGAAUACAUAACAACGAAAAAAUAAUGCACAAAGUUUUCAGUAAAUGCCCAAUUCAACGUCAACAAUAAUUAGUGGCCCAUUUGUUUUUUAUUAAUUUCAAUUCUCUCGAUUAUCAGUUAUACCAGUAGAUGAUAAUUCAAAUUGAUAUACGUGUAUACAUUACUAAUGAGUCAUAGGUACUAAUUAAAAUAACAUGGAUUAGCAAACGAUUAUAUCAAUUUUAUGGAAUAAACGCUGGCGACCAUAUCGAUUGAAUCGAUUUUGAAGAAAAUAAAAAUUCAUAUUUAUUAUAAUAUAUACAAAAAUAUUAUGUAUACAUAGAUUUAUGUAUAUGGAAAUUCAGUGAUUGUUCGGAGAAAUUUAAUGAUAAUAAAUUGUCACUGAAUGUCGAUAUUAACAUUUCAAUUAUGUUGAGAUUGAUGUCAAUCCAGCUGCGAGGCUAUACACAAUUAACGUUCAAUUUAUUGUUGUCGAGAAAACUCAUUACGUGGGUACAUAAAUACUCAGUAUACAUUUUAAUUAAUCAUGGGCACGUUAAGAGUUUAAAGGCGAGCUCGAUGCUCGUUGAUGAAAAAUUUUAAUGGGGAUUAUGGAAACAUGUAAUUGUGUACGAUCAUUGUAUUUGAGGCUUGAAAAAUGUCGAAAAUCAAAUAAAAAAGUUGU